AUGCACAGUCUCGCUCUCACCUCCCUUGCGGGACUUUUGGCCGUUCCGGCCACGGCCCUCUCUUUGCCGCCUCUCAUUCCCUCCAUUCCUGGAGUGACCGAGCCGCUCGCCAGCAACGCACCGCCGCUUCCUGUCUUGCAACUUCCGACGCCUCCUCUUGACAGCCCGCCGCACGAUACCAACAGCAACAUCAAGCCUAAGAAGAUCGGAUACUUCUGGACUGGUGCUGGUGACAACGUGCACGCCGACUUUCUUGCCACCUACAGCUUGGACGACGACACUUUCGGCGAACUCAUUUCGAUCACCGAUGUCCCGACCAGCGGAAACAGCCCUCACCAUCUGGGACCCUCUCUCGAUGGCAAGACGCUCAUUGGCGGUGGGCUUCUGUCUCUUCUCAAGACCCAGGACACGGCGUACUACUUCGACACGAGCGACCCGUAUCACCCUAAAUUUCUGAAGAGCAACCGCGGCAUCCUCGGCUCCAUCACCGACGAGAUCCGCGCCAAGCCUGACGGCGGCUUCUUCAUCACAUACAUGGGCUCCGCGGUCGGCACCUCUCCGGGCCGCCUCGUCGAGACGGACGCCGACUUCAACAUCAUCCACGAGUGGCCCGAAGACGUGCCGGGCCUGCUCAACAUCCUGGGCGAGCAGUUCAGCCCGCACGGCCUGAGCGUCGACUGGGACGCCAACAUCAUCCUGACGUCCGACUUCGUCGUGCCGCUCAGCAUCCUCAAGCCGACGCUCGAGAUCCUGCGCGCCAACACGCUGCGCCUGUGGGACCUGCAGACGCGCACCAUCCUCAGCACCAUCACCAUCCCCGACGGCGGCGGCAUCCAGGACGUCAAGUUCAUCCCGGGCCACCCGGAGAGUGCCGCGCUCGCCACUGCCGUGCACCUCGGGCAGGUCUGGAUCAUUUAUCCUUUCCGUAAAGAUGCGAAGGGCAAUCAGGGCGUUGCUGAGCUGCUGUACGACCUGGGCCCGAAGGCACGGGAUACUGUUGCUAUCUACUCCGACCUCACUGAGGACGGCAGGUUCGCGUACUUUACGCUGACGACGGCUAACCAUGUCGCGGCGCUGGACAUUAGCGAUCUGAGCAACGUCAAGCGCCUGGAUGAUCCGGAUGAGGACCAGCCCAUCAUCGGCCCGCACUACGUCAAGGUCACGCCCGACCAGAAGCACCUGCUGGUCACGGACUACUUUGUGCAGACUGGCGAUAUCGGUGUUAUCAAUACCCCCGCCGACUUCAAGGCGCAGUACAUCGAUAUUUUGGACAACGGCGCGCUGAGCUUCAACCGCUCGAUCGACUUUGCGCGUGAGUUUGGUGAGAGGGGUGGCGCGAAGCCGCAUUCGGCUGUUGUGUUUGAUUUGACGGAUCCGGAGAAUCCGAAGUAUUAUUAG